UUAUCCAUCUGCGCAUGCGCGGACUUAAGCCAUACGAAAUAAGUAACAAGAGGUUCCUCUCAGUGUAACCGUGAUCGCACAAGCAUCAGUGUUUGGUAAAUAUAGUGACAGAGAAGAAGCAUAUAUAAUUCGCGAACAAGACAGAACGAACAAUGUCAGCCAUUCGAGUUAUUAUGAAAGGACAUGUCCAAGCAAGUCAAUGUUUGAAAAGUCUUGGGACCCAAAGUCUUCUCGGUACCAAUGGCACCGUUCCAAAACAACAACUUCUGGCAGGAACUUCGGUGUUUACUCGUCGCCUGGCAACAGACAAAGAUGUUCAGGAAAAUAUCAAAAAUUUCAAGGAAGGAAAAUUUGACAAAAUGCCGGAUCCAACUCAUCUUGAACACUUUAGGUCUGGGAAAGGUGACCCUUUGUCCGAGAAGCCUCCCAUCGGAAUGUACACCAUGCCCCAUCCUAUAUGGGAUGAAGCACAUCUACAUCAGGUGGAAAUAACCCACAAGCCCCCGGAGGGAAAGGUGGAGAAGAUGGCCUUGUUUACUGUCAAGGUGUUCAGAAAAGGGUUUGACAUCUUUUCAGGGUUUAUAUUUGGGGAGCGGAAUGAAAAGAAAUGGCUUACGAGAAUCUGUUUCCUGGAGACGGUCGCUGGUGUUCCUGGGAUGGUGGCGGCGAUGGCGCGGCACAUGAAGUCACUGAGGAUGAUGCAGAGAGAUUAUGGGUGGAUCCACACACUACUAGAGGAAGCAGAAAAUGAAAGGAUGCAUCUUCUCACAGCGCUGCAGUUGAAACAACCGACUAUCUUCUUCCGACUUGCUGUCAUUGGCUCACAGGGUGUGUUUGUGACCAUGUUUAGUGCCGCAUAUGUCUUCAGCCCCCGGUUUUGUCAUCGCUUCGUCGGUUACCUUGAAGAGGAGGCUGUUAAAACAUACACCAAGUGUCUUGAGGAUAUAGAUAACGGUCCAAUGUCUCACUGGAAAACCCAGGCAGCGCCAGAUGUUGCAGUGAGGUACUGGAAGUUGGGGUCUGAUGCCACCAUGAGGGAUGUGAUUCUGGCAAUACGGGCGGACGAAGCUCACCACCGACUGGUCAACCACACACUGGCAUCGAUGAAGAGCACUGACCAUAACCCUUAUAAGCCUGGACAGUAGUGAACGUGUUGCGAGUCUACAUACAUCUAGACAGUCGAGGACGUGUUGGGAGUCUAUAUACAUCUAGACAGUAGAAGACCUGUUCCCAUAUACACCUGGACAGUCGAGGAUGUGUUGGGAGUCUCUAUACAUCUAGACAGUAGUGAACGUGUUGGGAGUCUAUAUACAUCUAGACAGUAGUGAACGUGUUGGGAGCCCAUGUACAUCUAGACAGUAGUGAACGUGUUGGGAGUCUUUAUACAUCUAGACAGUAGUGAACGUGUUGGGAGUCUAUAUACAUCUAGACAGUGGAGGACGUUUUGGGAGUCUAUAUACAUCUAGACAGUAGAAGACGUGUUGCCACAUACACCUGGACAGUCGAGGAUGUGUUAUCGAGAUUCAAAUGGAUAAAAUCAUCAUAUCACUUAACAAGAAAUAGUCCCAUCGUAAUUUAUCAGGUGUGUGCAUAUUUGUCUUUUCAUCUUUAGCUACGGAAACCUGGAUGUAUUCACAAUAGUCCUGUGUACUCAUUCAUGUAUAUAUUUGUACAUGUUGUUAUUUCCUCCUUUAGGUUUACAAUUACUGUUGUUAUUUUUCAUCGGUGUUGUUGUAGUCAAUACUUGACGGACUACAUUUCUCCAUCCCCGGUGAAUACACUGGGCCAGACUUGUAUGAAAUGAGGCCGUGUAUAACUCACGAAAAAUCAAGUAAACUCUACAUUGUGCAUAAACUUUGUGUGAACCCUACCAUUGCCUGACAUUGAAGCAAUAUGUAGCGAUACGACACACGAUAUCAAGCCAGAAACAUUGCCAAUCUCAUUAAAAUAAGAUCUAGGUUCUCGCUGCCGCUAAACAAAGAUCUGAGGACAUCCCAUUAUGGGUUACUCAUUGGUCUGAACUGGGGAUGGAUCCCUGGGUUAAAAAAAGUGAUUACACGGCAAUUCUGACAAGUGGACUCACGAGUGAUGGAGGAACAUAGCUGUGAAGGGUUGACAAUGCUGUUAUCGUCAUGACAACCUGCCUUUUUGCAGCUCAUAAUCUUAUAUAUAUAUGUGUGAUCAUGGUAUUGAACAAAAUAUAUUCUGUUUUAUAAAGGAACAAACUUCAUUGUAACUGCAAUUGUUAUGCACAUAUUUUCUACUAAGUUUUAUUUCUUUAUUGUUGAGUGCAAAUGGUUUUGUAUAGUUUUGUCAAAUGUUCUUGAGUGAUGUAAAAAUGUGUUGUUCAGUAUAGCCUAGAGUAUAGUAUUGUCUAGCAAACUCAAUAAGUCUAAGAUGGGACACCCAGAGUGGAUUCCAGGCUAGAACUGGCCCCCAGCAACCUAGGCUUGUAGUGAGAGACAACUGAAUGGAUAUGGUAGUCAGGCUUGAUGACUGGGUGGAUACCUGGGCGGAUACAGCUUUUUUUUAAAAGGAGGGGUGCACAAUUAAGAUCUAUUUAUUGUCUUUGGUGGUAAUUUAUACAGAAAUAAAGAUUUUUUUCGAAAUAAAAAGGGGGGGUGCGCACCCCCCUCUGUAUCCGCCCAUGGGAUAGCAUGUUAAACUACCCCACUGGUAAUGAUCAUUGCUCUUGAUAUCAAUCACUGGUUCGCUGGUUCAAGCUUGAUUAUUUCCAAGCCACCAUCAUAUUGCUGAUAUAUGCAGAGUGUGACAUUCGAGAACAAACUACGAUGUGUGGUCAGUAAACCCCCGUCAUUUAUCUUCAAGUUUAAGUCAAGUUACACACCUGAGCUUCCGAGCACUGUCAACACAGCUUGUAUAUGACUGGUUGAGUCGAUGUACUUGUACAUAGUUAAAUACAUUUAUCAUAUAUUUUUUUUAAUUGAUAUUUGUUUUCUGAGUCCAUGUUAUAAAUAAGACCAGACACCCAGGGUGGUGCCUGGUCCCAGGUAGAAAAGAUUUACUGAAAUUUUAGAAAACUCAAGUAAAGUUAUUAAAUGAAUAUCAGAACUAUUGUUAUGCAAAAUGAUACUUGUAUGAACAGUUAGAUUGAUGUUAGAGGUAUGGACUUGGUGGACUCCGAUAUUUUUUUUAAAUGGACAUUGACCGACACUCAUUCACACUCACAUCCACUCACUUUCUGUACAGUAUAACACAAUAGCAUUAUGAUUCAAAACAGAAACUUAAGAAAGCAAGAAUAAAGUACAUACUCAAUCAAGAUCACUGAGUUCCAGAAGUAGACAGAUCUACAUUACUUAGUUCAUGGUAAAACAUCCACUUGCUAUAGAACCUAGUUUGUUGACUUUUGUUACAAGAACUAUUUCUUUCAAUGAUAUAUAUUUAUCAUAUAAGGGUUAGUGUAAAUGAGGUCACCUAGCACCUACUAGGUCACCUACCUUUAGUAAGGUCUGUACAUAGAUAGAUAUGGGGCUUACUCCCUCAAACACUAUUGCUUAACGUUCCCUGUAUGAUCAGAUAAUGGUUUCCCGAUGUGUGAAGGCUUAUGUAAACAAACAUGGCUGCAACCUUUAGAUCAUAAAAGGUGCUGUUCACUCUGUAUUCCUAUUAUUAUGCAUUUUCAAGAGUCUUAAACUUCAUUUUUUUUAAGGAUUACAUGAUGUGAUAAAGAGAUUAUUACCCUUGUGUACUUACAUAUAUCAUAAAUAUCAUAUUAUAAGAAUAUGAAAUAUGUAUUAUGCUCAUGAUACAAUUUUUGUUCUUAAUAUUCAUAAUAAUAUAUAUAAUGUAAGAUUUAUUUAAUAUUCCUUCUGUGAUGUGAUGCACAGUGUUGCAUGACUUAGGCGUGCCCCAAUCCUAGGACUCACCCUGAUUUGUCAGCACGGAGCUGUCAUCAAAGUGGUAAAGGUCAAGCUAUCACUUUGGCCUUUCCUCCCACAUUAACCCAACAUGCCAUGAUAAAAAUGAAGUAAGAGCAUUACAGGACAUUGUUAUAGCUGCUGUAUCGCCAACACAUUCUCUCCAGCUUCCUGAUGAGUACGUCAGGAAGUGCAAGCGAUGUAUUUCAUUAAAACAAUGUCUGCGAGAGUCCAAAUACUGUUGUAUGCUUAUGACGCUGUAUGGAACAAACAUUUUAUUUAUAUGAUGGACACUGAUAUGUCAGGACAGUACUAAUGAUGUGUUGUGAACCAGUUCCAUUUGGGCAGAUUAAAUUGUAUGUUGGUAGAGAAACUGAUCAAUGGUUCAACUUUCUUUAAGGUUUAUUUGUUUACCAUUUCAUGUAGUUAACAAACAUGACAUUCACAAUUUACACACAUAAUUUUCAGGGAAUAAUUUGCAAACUUCAUUUCAAACAAGGGCUGAAAAAAAAUGAUAAACCGUUGAAAAACAUUUUUUUUUUAAAUGAACCAAACAAAUUUAUACAUAUGAUAUUGUUGGACAUAAUUACAUAUAUUGUUUGAAAUUGUGUCCCUUGAAUACCUUGUAUGUUAGGAGUUGUUGCAAUAUCAAGGGUACUUGUGGUUUAAUGUGUCCCACGUUAGGUUUUAUACCAAAGGCUGAGGGACACUUAAAACAACUUUUCAUACCUCCAUGUAGAAUGACGAGAUCUGAUUGGUUCAUGUGAUGUAUCCCGCCUGGGAGGGAAAUAGAUGUCUGAGUGGGAGAAUAAAUCCCUUAUACCCUGUCACAAAGAAGACCACAUAACAUAUUUUUUACUUCAGUUUUGUUUUAUAUUCUACAUGUAUAUGGACCAUUGUUAAGCUGUACAAAAUGAAAGUGAUGUGUGUAUGAAAGUGUGGACAAAUUCCUAACCUGUGUUCGUAUUGUUAUUUUGUUAUGCAGAAAGAAGAUUGCACCUCCCUGGGGGGCAGUCUUUGUGGGUUUUUUUGUAAUCUGUGAUUCUGAAAUAAUAACUGAUAAUUAAGAAAAUAACAAUGAUGAUAUGCAAACCAUAUCAAUAAGGAUUGUUAUAUCUGUAUAUAUGUCUUUGUUACUAUGUAUAACUUAACAGUAAUAUGUUUAUGUUGUGUGAAACUUUCCUAUUCUCCAAACAGCCAGUACCAAAAUUAUUAUAUCUUCCAAUUUAAGUUUCUGAUUUUAAGACAUGUCUCUGGCCAAGUCUAGAUCAUGGACCCCAGUUCUAGCCUAGGUCAGGGAAAAUGUCUAGAUCAAGCACCAUGUGUAGGUCAGGCACCCUGUUCUAAUUUAGGUCAGGGAGCAUGUCUAGGUCAGGCACCCUGUGUAGGUAAGACAUCCUGUUCUAGCCUAGGUCAGGGACCAGACUUGUUCUAGCCUAGGUCAGGAAAAUCUAGACAUUGUAAUCAGUGUUCUGUUUUGAAAAGUAGCUGAUCAAAUUGUUUAAGGACAUUGUGGUCUGAUGGCUGCAAGCAUUUAAACAAUUGUCCUCUCUCUUGAGCUUGUAUGUGUUAAGUAUAUAGGACUGUGAUACCCAUCUAUGCCUUCUUGUAUUCAUGCAAUAUGUCCUGAAGCUCUGGCAUACCACAUUUGGUCUCUUGUAGUUUUAUGUUUUUGACAUUUUACAGAUGUUGUAUUUAUGAAAGAGUUUAAUAAAUAGUUAUACAGUG